AUGCCCUCAUCGAGAGAUGUCAGCAGGCUCAUCCAGUCCACAGCUGUGCUGCAAGAGGGCUCUCUAGACGCAGCAUCGCAAGCAUGCCAAUUCCUACCAGCUAACCCUCUGAAUAAGGCCAUCACCGACACAUACCGGACAAUCUCCGUUGAUGUCUGGGUCUGGAGGAACUCUUUGCUCUUCUUGCUCUUGCCAUGCGUUCAAAUGUCUCACGGCAAGCUCGCGCGCGUUUACGCAGAGUUGUUUGCCACCGUCGUUAUGGCGCAGAAAGAUGCACCAUGUUGCCAGGUCCCAGGCGCUCUCGAUGUUGUUACCGACUAUUUAAGUGCUGUCACCAAUGUCUAUGCUACAAUGCACUCUCUCUAUUAG